CCUGACUAUUUCCUAAGCUUUCACUCUACACACAUGAUUCUAACUGUUGAGAGAGAAGAUGUCUUCCUUGAUUUCUCCUAAACUAUGCAACACUCCUCUUCUUAAAUGUAACAAAACCAGAUUUUUUCAGCCCCUUCAAAUCAGAGCCCAAAUCCACAGAGAUCAUGAAGGGAGAUCUGGGAAUAUUGUGGAUGCGAAUUUACACCUACUGAAGGUGAGAGUGGAGGAAGUGAGGAGCAAGGAGAGGCUAGAGAGAUGCUGUGUGGCUGAGCAAGGAUGGAACUAUGCAGCUUAUGAUAGCUUCAAAACUAAAACAGAUACUAAUUAUACUCAUUUUUAUCAAGAAUUUGUUGAGCUUUUGGGAGUGGUUGGUGCCACUUUUGGCAUCACAAUAUCUGGUUGCACCUUAUGCAUCUGCCUCUUCUCCAUUUUGCUUCAUUUCAACCAAUGACUUGUCUUCUUGUAGAAUAAACCAAUGAAUAUGUAUAGCUAGUUUUCCCUUUUGAUCUUUUGAAAACUGAAGAACCUCUACAUCUAUUAUUCAAGAUUUUAUUUAUUUGUAUUGUCUUUGGGUUUCUGUUA